AUGGAGGUCCCCGAGGAGCCGGGCGCAGUCUCCAAUUCCCCUCCGCAGACGUUCCUCGUGCGGAAAUCCAACACGCGCCGGUGCCAAGCGCUGUGUGUGCGGCUGCCCGAGGCCGGCCCGUCCUUCGUUGCCAGCCACUACGUACUGGAGCGCCCCGGGGGCGUCUCCUUGGAAGGCUCAGAGCUCACCUUCCCAGACCUGGUGCAUCUCAUCUGUGCCUACUGCCACAGCCGGGACAUCCUUCUGCUACCACUGCAGCUCCCCAAAGCCAUUGACCAGGCAGCCACCCACAAGGAGCUGGAGGCCAUCUCCCAUCUGGGCGUCGAGUUCUGGAGCUCCGCCCUCAACGCAAAGGCUCUGCGGGACCCCAGGGAAGGCCCCCUGCCACUCAGGCUGAAGCCCAGCUCCCCUGAAGAGCCGGACCAGGGCCCCACCAGCACAGCCCUGUGCUUCUUCAACCCCCUGUUCCCAGGGGACCUGGGCCCCACCAAGCGGGAGAAGUUCAAGAGGAGCUUCAAAGUGCGCGUGUCCACGGAGACCACAGGCCCCCUGUCUCCACCGGCUGUGCCACCUCCCCCUGUCCCCGUGCUGCCGGGGACCGCCCCCAGCCAGCCAGCCAGGCUGCCCCCUCGGCAGCUGCUGCGGAGAGAGAGCUCGGUGGGCUACAGGGUGCCAGGGGGUGCCAGCCCCAGCCUCCCACCCCUACCCUCUCUCCAAGAGGUAGACUGUGGCUCUCCCAGCAGCUCAGAGGAGGAGGCACCACCAGGGGCCCUGGGGAGCUCAGCGACCUCCCCCGGGCUGGGCAGGCGCCACCGCCACCGGCCCCUGCUCCGAUCCAUGAGCUCUGCUUUCUGCUCUCUACUGGCUCCUGAGCGGCAGGUGGGCCGGGUGGCAGCGGCACUGGUGGGGGACCGCCACACGGCCGUGGGCCAGCUGGUACAGGACCUGCUGACACAGGUGCGGGCGGGGCCCAAGCCUCUAGAGCUCCAGGUCGUCCGAGAGGCGCUGAGCCAGGCCCGGGCCAUGCUGAGUGCCGAAUUGGGGCCAGAGAAGCUGCUGCCACCUGUGAGGCUGGAGCAUGUGCUGGAGAAGUCUCUGCACCGCUCCGUGCUCAAGCCUCUUCGGCCCAUCCUGGUGGCCCGCCUGCGGCGCCGGCUCUCUGCCAACAACUCCCUGGGCCGCCUGGCCGAGGGCUUCCGCCUGGCCCGGGCACAGGGCCCCGGAGCCUUCGGAGCCCACCUGAGCCUGCCCUCUCCGGCAGAGAUAGAGCAGGUGCGCCAGAAGCUGCUGCAGCUGCUCCGUGCCUACUCGCCCAGCGCCCAGAUCAAGCGCCUCCUGCAGGCUUGCAAGCUGCUCUACACGGUCCUGAGGACCCAAGAGGGGGAAGGUGCCGGUGCAGAUGAGUUCCUGCCACUGCUGAGCCUGGUCCUGGCCCAGUGUGACCUUCCUGACCUGCUGCUGGAGGCCGAGUACAUGUCCGAGCUGCUGGAGCCCGCUUUGCUCACUGGAGAGGGCGGCUACUACUUGACCAGCCUCUCUGCCAGCCUGGCCCUGCUGAGCGGCCUGGACCAGGAGCUUGCCCUGCCCCUCAGCCCCUCCCAGGAGCUGCAACGCUCCCUUCGCCUGUGGGAGCAGCGCCGCCUGCCGGCCACCCACAGCUUCCAGCACCUCCUCCGAGUGGCCUACCAGGACCCCAGUAGUGGCUGCACGUCCAAGACGCUGGCUGUACCCCCAGGGGCCUCCAUUGCCACCCUCAACCAGCUCUGUGCCACCAAGUUCCGAGUGACCCAGCCGGACACCUUCGGCCUCUUCCUCUACAAGGAGCAGAGCUACAUCCGCCUGACCCCCAGAGCCCUGGCCCACCAGCUGCCCGCCACCGGCUAUCUGGUCUACCGCCGGGCAGAGUGGCCAGAGGCCCAGGGGACCUCCCCGAGGACUUCAAAAGAGAGAGAGGGCAGGGGGGCACCGGAAGCAGGGGGCAGGGAGGAGGAGGAAGGAGCCCCAACAGAUGGGGGUGCUGAGGACAAAGGCAGCCCUGGAGACAAGGGGCAAGAGCCUGAGAGGACUGUGGAGGGAGGGGAGAGCCCGGCCCUGGAAAGCCCUGGGGAGUCAGAGCAGCCAGAGGCUGAGGUGUAGCUGGGGCUGGCUGGAGGGGCCACCGGGGCUCUGGGUUGUUGGAAAGCCCUGCUGAGCCUCAGGCCUCCAGCCUUCCCCUCCACCCUGCCAGGCCCCUGUGCUGGGUCUGCAUUCACCCCUCUGUGUGGUGUUAUCUUCAAGCCCAUCUCCCGAGGGUUUGGGGGCCCCAGGCCAGGUGCCCUUGCCUCUGAUCCUUCUCUGCCCUGCAGGGCUCAAGCUGACAGCCAUGGGGGGCAAAGGGUUCUGUCCCAUCUGCCCCUGAGGGGGCAACUGGUCAGAGCUACUGGCCCAGCUCAGCCCAGUUGAAGGUCUGCAUCUGUGAAGCGGGAGGAGCUGGCUAUCCUGUCUGCCCCGGGCGGGUGUGGUGUGGGCCCAGUGUGGGUUGCAAUCUCCACGGGGGGGUAAGAUGUGGUGCUUUCCCUGUCCCCAGGGCUCUGGCUGGGUGACCAAAGACACUUUCCCAAGCUGGGGGAGUCCGGCACCCCCGGGGGAGGUCACAGUGGUGGGGGGCGGCUUGAAAAUCCUCAGCCCUUUUCCGAGAAGGCAGGGCCUGGCUUAUUGGCCCCGCCAAGGUUCAGCAAAGAAAGGUGACCCCCAAGAUGUCACCCAGAAAGUCAUUGGGGCCUCCUCCCCCCCAAAACGGGGCCCUGGAGUCUGUACAAAACGAAAUCCAUCCCCGAGGGCACCGCGCUCCCUUGAAAGGGGCAAUCCGCGCUUCUGCGCAGAGAAUACCGUCGGCCGCGCGGGGGCGCGCCCGGGCCGGGAAGCUGCGAGAGGCGGGGAGCGGGGGCUGGGCAGCAGCUGGACUGCCCGGGCCUGACCAACUCUUGCAGUCGCUAGGUAACCCUACCGGGGCAGGGCAGCGUUCUAGGGGGUCAGGCAGAAGAUCCCUGAUAUGGGAGAGGAUACCCACCAUUCAACAAGGAGUCUCCCUUGGACACUGAGCAAAGUCAGGCGUGGGCACUGGUUUUUCGGACAAGCCCCACCACUCAGCCCAGGGGUGGGUGUGCCAGCCAGCCUCCCUUCCUCCCCUGCCACCACCCCCACCCCGGCUUCUUGCUAGUAGGGAGUUCGCCCUUCGACCUUUUGUACACCCCGCCCGCAGCGCCGGGAGGGCCUGCGUCCUCCGUGGGCGCUUAAUAAACGUUGCUCGUGGGCGUCUGAUA